AUGCUCGAGACUGAGCAGCUGAACAACUGCGUUACUAUCCCGCUAGUCUGUUCUACUCUGGAUUGGAACAAAAUAGCGAAUGGAGUUCUGGGUUUCACUAGAACCAUAACGGAAAUCAGAGUAUAUGGACUACAAACAACCCAAGUACAUCUAAUCUACACAAGGUAUUCGGCCAAUUUUGAGUUCGUUUUGGAUUUCAAUUGUCAAAUCGCCGAAGACGAAACGAAAUUCUUAAAAUUUUCCACGCAAACACGACUGCUAUCGCAGUCAAUGGUUGUCGGAUUUGCAGACACAAUACAGUUGGAACGGCUUACCCCUGAUCAAACGCUUUGGUCGCAACGAUCUUGUUAUUUGACGAGUUUCGAUAAAUUUUACUACCAACAACCAUAUGCACAACAACGCACUAUGAUGUAUCCAGUUCGAACAAACUGCCAGUAUGUGUGGUGCAACCAAAACCGAUAUAGGUGGAAUUAUCGGCCUAUUGGUAACAUUUCAAGGUGA